AUGGGGAUUCCCCAUCUGACGACGAUCCUCAAGCCAUACGGCCAGCCGUGUCUUCUAGAUGGCAGGACCGUAGUGAUAGACGGGCCUGCCCUGGCUUAUCACAUCAUCUACAUAUGCAACCGAGAGAGGCCAGCAACCGGCCCAAUUACACACCCUUCCUGCAAUGUCUUGGCCAGAACAGCCAUCGCCUGGCUCGAUAACCUGCGGGCACACGACGUAGUCAUUGCUGCGGUGUACUUUGAUGGUUAUCUACCUCUAGAGAAGCGGAAAGUCCGUCUUGAGAGAUUCUCUCGUACCACGAGAGACAUCAACAACUAUUAUCUGUCCAACCCCAAAGGACCGCCUCCGCCGGCACACGCAGUGGAAGCCAGUGAUUCAAUCCCAUCGUUGUUUCCCAAGCCAGCGGCGGCUGCAUCGUCCUUGAGGCUCCCUCCUUCUGCUUUUGCUGUCCAAGCCAUCAUCGAGGCGAUCGUGCACUCAGACCAGUACGGAAAGCUCUCGAGACUCGUGCCACAAGAGGCUGAUCCGUACUGUGCCGCCCACGUACGACAAGCCGGUGGCACUGUGUUGACGUCCGAUUCGGACUUGGUGUUGUACGACCUCGGGCCAAAGGGCAGUGUCGCCUUCUUCAGGGACCUCGAAGUCGGAAGGCUGUCUGGUGUAGACGGGAUACUGGCCGUGGAAUAUGCCCCGGCGGCUCUCAGUCAACGGCUGCUCCUGCCGCCCCGCUACGGUAUGUCGGCUCUUGGCUUUGAGCUGUACAACGGCAUCUUCGCGCCGGCCAGGGCUCUCAGAGAUGCUGCCGAGGCAUCAGCAAUAUCGGCGGUCCCAGAGGAGUACGAGGCUUUCAUGCAACCAUAUCGCAUUACCCCUCCGAGCUUUUCAGAAGAGUGUCAUGGAGACACCUGGAAGAUCUUGCGCGGCUCCGACAGCAGGAUUUCCGAGUGUGUCCUUCAAUGCCACCUCGACCCCGACGGCAUUGUGCGGGACAGAGCCGCCGAGCUCCCCGCCGUUUGGAUGUUUCUCCCCCAGUUCUACGAGGACUGGUUACGGCCAAGCGCUUGGGCGACCAGUCUUCCCUUGCGCCAGAUCGCAUAUGGGCUCGUGCAACUCGUCCCCACGGCACCAUUGGAGACUGUCAUCGAACACAGGCGUCUAUUGUCGGCAUCUUCAAACGGAACCUCGGUACCCAUCCCGUCCCUUCCGUCAAUCCGUCUGAUGUGCAACGACCUCCUUUCCUUGUUGGGAGAAGUCCGUGGGAAGAUUGGCAAUACUUCGCUCUGCUGGUCUGUAGUCUCCAUGUACUACGAUAUUAUUUGGGCUGCGAGAGAGAGGAAAGAGUCAGUAGCACUCCAUGUUCUCCAAAGGGACGCCGACUCGAACGGGCGCAUAAACAUGACCACAUGGAGUGUGAUGCACUUACUUGCACAGAUACAGGCAACAUGCUAUUCGUUAAGAAUGAUCAAGCAAAUCCUCGACAUCGUGACAGACACGGCGAUACAGUCGAUUCCGGCUUGUUUUCUCAGCCUCAGAGAGCAGUUGACGGCCUUGCCGGCCCUCACUGAGAUGCCCUCAGCUCGUGACCUGGAGCAUCUUCCAUCUCGGAUGAAGGAUGAAGGAGCUCUCGACUUGUUGACUGAGCUCGCAGGAUUACCGGAACCCAUAACAUUCAAAGCCCGGAGGAAAACCAAAGCGAGAAAAGUGCAGAAAGAGCCGAACAACGGAGACUCAGGGCAUGGGCACUCGAGCUCUUCUGCUUCUAGAAACCCUUUUGCUGCUCUCGAUGGCAUGUGA